CGGGAACUACUACAGUCAAAAGACGCACACGUGAAGAAACUUCAUGUCCCGUGAUGCUUAGCGGUUUGAAUGGUUACAGGGUAGCGUCCACGGAAAGUCUUUUUAAUGAGAGUUUUUUUAAGAAAUGAAACGAUAACGCUAACAUCUAACGACGGAGCAGCAUGAAUAAUGACUGCUUCGUCUCAGGACUAAGACUUAAUACGCAUCAAGAAGAGUAUCGCAAAGAAAAAGUCCAGGGUUAAAAGUUGAGUUCAGAAGUCAGGAGAGAGUUGGCGAAGGAGUUUGGAAAUGGAUAAAAGCUGCAAUGGCCAACAAGCACGAUCUCUAACUUCACAAUUCAGAGAAUCUACAUACAGAGCCCUGACAUUACUGCGGAGGAAGGCGAAACAGAGGCAGAUAGCGGAGCUGGAGGCGAAGGAGGCCUGUGAGUGGCUUCGAGCGGCGGGGUUUCCUCAGUAUGCUCAGCUCUAUGAAGCAUCUCUGUUCCCCAUUGAGAUCUCUGCUGUGAGGAGAGACCAUGAGUUUCUGGAUCAGGACUCUCUCAAGGCAUUAUGCAGGAGGCUAACAACCCUGAACAAAUGUGCUGCGAUGAGCUUACAGGUUCAUUUCCAGUGUAAACAGCAGAGUGAAGACUCGGAAGAGGAUGACGCAUGCGCCCUUAGCUCUCGCUGGGCGUUUCAGCGUGAAAGUAAAACUUGGUCCCGUCUCCGCACUCUCUCACCGCCCCCUGCCCCCGCUGCCAACCGGUCCUCCACCUUACGACCCUCAGGCAGUAGCGAUAGCGUGCUGAGUGAUAAUAGUCUCCUAGAAGUCACCUCACUGACCUCCGACCUCAGUGCUAGCAGCUUGAGCUUAGACAGUGCCCGGGAAACAACUUCUCCAGAAGUUGCAGCUUUCCGUGACGUCACAGUGGGUGAGGGUGCAUCGUCAGUUUGUAUCUCAACCGGCCAAGAUGAGAACGAUGACACCGGAUCCUCAUCUUCCUUGCCGUCUGUAAGAGAGAAGCCAAAACGUCCUUCUAGAUCAUUUUUACGGAGGAAAGAAUCCGUAAAGAAGCGAGAUUGUGAGAGAGAGAUGAUCCCAAGGAACAUUUCAGCGGUAACUCAACACCAGCCACCCUCAGGCCUGCACUGUACAUCUGAUGCAAAUUUGCCUGGCCAAACCACAAAUAAGUGCAGAAUUUCCAAAGAUGUGGCAUGGAGGUCACAUACAAUAUGCCGCAGUAACAUUAACCAGAAAGCCACUCAGCACGAGCCUCACAGAGCGUGCCUUUACCUGGAAGACUACCAGUUAACUUGGGAGAUACCCAAGUUAACCAAUCAAAACAACUGUCUGAGGAAAGAGGAUCGUGUGGUCCACCUCCCCUUUGACCACAAGCCUGGAACUUUCCCCAAGUCUCUCUCAAUCGAAAGUCUCUGUCCACUCUCUGUUUCUCAAAGUCCUGACCAUAUUGACUGGGCAGGAGAAGAUGGAGACCUGUCCUUGGAUGGAAGCAUUAGCCGCAGUGGGUCGCAAGACUUUCUCUCAGGUUUUGGGAGGAGGAGGAACUCUCUGAGCUCAAUUGGAAGCAUUUACGACAAUGUUUCUGAGACACCAGGCAGUCCAUGUGACAUUUUUGACCCUGGAAAAGAGAAAGCCUUCCAGCAUCUGGAUGACAUUCUACAGCACGUACAUGGGCUACAGCACAACAUUGACGAAUGGUCACGGUCACUCGGCAUUCAACCACAGGACCAAUCAAAUGCGGAGACUGAAUCCACGGCUGACACAACAUUACCCAGCAGUCUGAACUAUGAUGAGCAAUCUAUGUCGGAUGUUGGGACAACUGUGAGCGAUUAUGAUAGUCCAGGAAACUCUGUGAAUGAGGGAGAAGGAGGAAUGAGAGAAAGGAGGGACUCAGGGGUGGGGGCAUCACUCACAAGACCCAGCAGAAAGUUGCGCUGGCACAGUUUCCAGAACUCUCAUCGUCCGAGCGUGACCUCCGCUUCUUUAGAAAUCAACAGGCAGUCAGCUGCUCAGCUAAAUCUUCUGCAGAAAUUCAGCCUUUUACGACUGACCGCCAUUCUGGAGAAACACACAGACACCACCAAACAUGGCUGGAACUGGGUGGUUCCGAAGUUUAUGAAGCGUUCCAAAGUUCCAGAUUACAAAGAUAAACAUGUGUUUGGAGUUCCGCCGAUCGUAAACGUCCAGCGAACUGGUCAGCCUCUGCCUCAGAGCAUCCAGCAGGCGAUGAGACACCUACGCAGUCAGUGUCUAGAGAAGGUGGGAAUAUUCCGGAAAUCAGGGGUUAAAUCCCGAAUCCAGGCCCUCAGGCAGCUCAAUGAGAAUUCCCCCGAUCAUGUGACCUACCAGGGCCAAUCAGCUUACGAUGUGGCUGACCUGAUUAAACAGUACUUUAGGGAUCUGCCUGAACCCGUGCUCACCUCCAAACUUACAGACACUUUUUUACAUGUGUACCAGUUCGUUCCAGCAGAGCAGCGUUUACAGGCCGUGCAGGCAGCCGUGAUCCUGCUGCCAGAUGAGAACAGAGAGGUUCUACAGACGUUGCUCUAUUUCCUCAGUGACAUUGCAUCUGCACAGGAAAACCAGAUGACUGCGGAGAAUCUGGCUGUCUGUCUCGCACCCUCCAUACUUCACCUGAAUGCCUCAAAGAAAGAUGGAGCUUCACCAAGGCUCAUGAGCAGGAAGGGUGGAGGCAAGCCAGACCACAAGGACCUGAGUGAGAACAUGGCUGCCACACACUGCCUUAGUCACAUGAUCACAGAAUGCAAGAAGCUAUUCCAGAUCCCGCAUGAAAUGAUGCUUCAGUCUAGGAAUUCUUAUGUGGCUGCUGACGCUCAGCCGCUGCCUCUCCAUGGGCUCGGGGUGAAUGCCCUGGGCGAGCCUGUGGAUUAUCGGGCAUACCUAGAAGACAACAUUCAGUGUCUUCUCAGAGAGGCAUCGGAGCGGAGUAAAGGCUGGCACCAUGCCCACGGACCUGACAACACUGAGCUGGCUUAUAAAAAGGUAGGAGACGGGCACCCGAUGCGUCUAUGGCGUGUUUCGGUGGAGAUAGAGGCCCCGCCGGCUGUGGUGCUGCAGCGUGUUCUGCGAGAGCGCCACCUGUGGGAUGAAGACCUUCUGCACAGUCAAGUCAUUGAGACUUUGGAAAACAACACAGAGGUUUUCCAUUACAUCACAGACAGCAUGGCUCCACAUCCUCGUAGAAACUUCAUAGUGCUCAGACGUUGGUGUGAUCUACCAAAAGGGGUGUGUGUUCUAGUGUCGUCCUCGGUGGACCAUGAUAGUGUCCAGCUGGAGGCAGGAUUACGGGCCGUGCUUUUGACAUCACGCAUCUUUAUUGAGCCAUGUGGAAUGGGACGGUCCCGGCUCACACAUUACUGCAGAGCUGAUCUACGGGGGCGCUCUCCUGAUUGGUAUAACAAAGUGUUCGGUCAUCUGUGUGCAAUGGAAGUUGCAAGAAUACGCAGUUCUUUCCCUGUUCUGUCGGCACGAGGACCUGAGACCAAACUCUGAACCCACUUGGGUUAAAUCUAAGACUAUUUUUUAUGAUAAAGAAUGAAAAUUAUGAGAGCACAGUUGCAAAACUAAGAUGGCCUCGCAAGUCAGGUGGAAGAGUAAGAAUAGUAGAGAAUGUGUAUUUUUUUUUUUUUUAACUGGUUUAUUAAUGAGUUCGGGAAUGAAUGAAAAAGAAGACAGUACUGUGUAGAAUAGUAGUUGGACUAUGCAGAAAACAAACCCGUUGUGGUUUUAAAAGCCGUGGGUGAUUAAUGUGAAAAAGCUCAAGUUCACAAUCAUACUGUUGACAUUGCGUCUAAUCUUGUAUGCGCGUUUCGUUUGUGUGAGUGUUUAUAUCUGUUUGUGUUAAGUAAUGUCUCGGUAGACAAGUUAUGCCUUAAAUUCUUUGUCUAAAUAUCCAGUGUGGUCUGUCAGACAGCUCAUUCAUUCUCAGGGUAAAUGUAAACAAGUUUUGCUUUUUUAAUUGCACAGGAAUUUUGCCAUCUGACACUGAUAAUGACCAGCUGGCAAAGAGAAACAGCCAAUCACCAAACAUGUAUAACAUGAUAAGACACGGGGUCUGUUGUUAUAUGCUUCCUGUGUACUUUGCAUUCAUCAGUCCAACACAACAGACUCAUAGAGUCUGUGGUGCUAUUGAGCAAGUAUGACACCCUCUCCUCUGAUGCAGAAUAGUUAUAUUUGUGACCUCAAUCCCUUUUCUCCUACCCCCUUUUAUUUAUUUGCAUCAGCCAUUUGCAUGUGGCAAACUUCAUUUGUGAAGUUUUAAUAACUUAAAGUCUGCAUGGAAUCCAUGGGAAUUAUAUCCAAAAUUCAGCUUUAAUUUUUUACUUUUACAUUUCUACCUUCUCUAGAGCUAAAGAUAAUUUUUGUGAUAUUAGAUAAUUUGCUUUAUUACUGUUCUUAAUUGUGCCUUUGAGCAACUAAAGAGGAAAUUGUGUGUUUGUCUUUCAUUUUAUGUUUGUCAUUAAAUCUGUGCUGUUUCACCAGGGCAUUAUGUAAUAUUAGUAUUUUAUUUAUUUAAAAGUAUAACUGCAUGUAUGUUGUUUUAAGCAUUCUGCCUCAAAGUGAAAUGGUUCAAGUGCCACAAUGUGGUUGUGUGUGUGCUUUUUGUGAUGUACAGAUGUCCAUUUACAUAUAUUGUUUAUUUUAUUACUUUUUAUUUUACUUUAAAAAAAAAAAAAAAAAAAAAAGAUAA